AGCUCAGCUUUUUCCUUGCUUGCUUCCUCCACAGCCUGUCAAAAUGCCCUUUUUAUAAAUAAAAAAAAUCAUUAAACUCUUUCUAAUCUAUGCUUAUUGAUUUUAAGCAAUAACUCUGCUUAGUUAGAUAACCCAUUCCCAUCUCUCUCUCUCUCUCUCUCUCUCUUCCCCAGUUGGCUUUAGAAGCCUACCCUUUUCAUAUCUCUGAGUUUCCUUUUUCUUGAUCGAUCUUCUGCUUGGAGCAAAUUCAUCAAGAACAUAUUAUAUAUGUCAUGCGUCUGGAGGAGGUGUAAGCUAUGUGGCAUAUGAUCUUUGGAACAUGAGAUCAAUGAGCUUCCCUGGGAAAGAUUCACACUUCUUUUCAGGAAAAAAAGGUCAUUUCAUUUGGACAAGACAUCAAUACAAGACAAAGAGUUGCAAAUCUCAGAGGUCUUUCUUCCCACCACUAGUCAAGCUUCUUCGGUCCACAGCACAACACCCCUCACUUCAAUUUAGUGGUCUCUGACGAUAACUCCAUCAUCCUCAUGCAUGGGAACGGAGAUCAUCGAGCGAAUUGCGAUAAACCCUCUUCCAGAAAGCAACAUUAAGAUCGGAUUCAGAAGAAUUGGUGAUCGCCGGAGGUGUCGGCAGUCAAAGGAGUUGACCGGCGAGGACGAGGGACGCUUUAGGGUUAGGCCCAUGGAUAGGUUCCUCGACAAGCAGAACAUCGAAUCCAUCCGAAAGACAAUGCAAGCCCAAGAAGAUAUUUUCAAGCACCAGGUAAGGGAGCUGCAUAGAGUAUACAGUGUGCAAAAGAUGAUGAUGGAGGAGCUGAAGAGACAGAGACGACUGUGGACUAAUAACCGUCCUAACAUUAUUAACCUAACAUCUCAACCACCAACCGCUUCUUACAACAACAACAGCUUCUUUUUGCUCGACAUCAACAGCAGCAACAACAACAAUCAUCAGAGUUCGAGAGAGAGAAGCGGAAGUUGCUCGGCAGGCGUCGACCUCGAGAGCCCCGCGAGAGAAAUCUCGGCCGUCGAUCUCGGGAGAACGAACGGUUCAGAUUUGAUGGACGAGAGCGAACUAGAACUGACUUUGAGCGUCGGAAUGUCUUCUUCGUCGACUUCAAGAUCCUAUCACCAGAGGGAAACCAUGGCUACCACCAACAACAACAUGGAUAUGGACUCGACAACGACGUCGUUUAGAUCGGAUAAUUGUAAUAACAAUAAUAAUAACAAUAAUAAAAAUCAGGAUUGCAGCGGACCAAGCACACCGAUGAGCAGUUCGAGUACGACGUUGGAUCAGGAGAAGAAGAGGCCACAUUGGCUGUUUCAGGGACUAAGUAUAAACCGAACCUAAUUAUCAUCUCUUUUUUUUUAUUAUAAUCUGUUUACUGACUCUUUUUUUAUAUAUUAACUUUCUAAAUUUUCCUUCUCCGAC